AUGGACGGUCCGCAGGCGCUGUUGUCGCCGCCGCCGCUGCGGCGGCCAGUUCAGACGCCGUCGAGUGCAGAAUCAGGGCGCGGACUGCGGCAGCUGAGCCUACCGACAGUCGGCGCGACGCAGGCCGCGGCGGACGCGGCGGCGGCCGCGCGCCGUGUCGAGUCGCACAGCAGCCCUGCCGGCGAUGCGAGCGAGCCGCUCGACGCGCAGCGCACGCGCUACUUUAGGCGCCUCUCGGCGAUGCCACCGGUGGUCAACGUGGAGCCGGUGCCUCCCCCGAUUUUAAAAUUCAUGGACGCGGCGCGCGGCGUGCUUUUUGCGCUUUCGCAGAUCUACAAUGCACUGAAGCAGCAUAUUUCCGUGUCGAACGACGAGCGGCUCGUUGCGCAUUUCCAGCGUGUGCUGAGCCUCGCUGGCAUCUCGAUGAACAUGCUCAUCAGCGCACUCGACCGCCUCGACACCGCCACGCAGCUCGGCGUGCCCGAGCCGCCAGUGAUCCGCGGCGUGCUCGACGCGUGCAGCGAGAGUGUGCGCACGUUUCGGCGCGCGGUCUCGAUGCUGCACGCGCAGCUCCCCCAGCUCGAAGAGAGCGUCGACGUGCGCUUCUCCCGCACCCUCCUGCUGAUGCUUUACGGGAGUGUCGCCGAGCUGCGGAACAGCGCUGCGAUCAUGGCCCCCCACGUCGAAGAGGUCGCGCCGUACCUCGCGCAAGACGCUGCCGAAGAGAGCGACAUGCCGUGGCGCACGCGCUCGCGCAGCCGCCCCCCCGCAUCCGAUGCGUCGUUCGAGACGAUGGACACCACGUCCGACUCGGCCUUUUCGCCGGUGACCUCGACGCCUCUUCCCAAGCACCGGACGCUACGCACGAAACCCUCGAGCUCGAUGAUGCGCUCGCCGGCGUCUCCUGUACAUACACGCAAGGCGCUUGCGUCCCCCCGCACGACCGGCACGCCGUCGUCCUCGUCGAGUCUUCCUCAGCUCAAGAUGCGUUCGUCGCCGAGCGUGCGCGAAGUGCCUGUGAUCGAUGUCACACUCCAAUCGCUUUUGGAGCAGGUCACGGCACAGGCCGUGCAGGUCUGGACCGACCUGCACGCGCACAUUCAUACCCACUCGUCCGAGCUCUCGGCCGCGGAAGAGACCAACGCCAAGCGCCUGCGCGACGUCGACGAGAUGUGCACCGGCACACUCGACCAGACGCGGCGCCUACAGGCCACGCUCGCAUCCCUGCCCGACGACGCGUGGCGCGCACGGCCGCCCUCGCCCGAGUGCCAGCAGCUGUGGGAGGAAGCGAAUCACUUUGUUCGCGCCAUUAUACAUAUCUCGACGCUGAUCAAGGCUGUCGCUGUACACUACCCCUUCCCGCGCGACCUAAUGCGCGCCGUCGGCGAGCUGAACCAGGGCUGCUCCGCCCUCGCCGCGCAGCUCCAUAGCAGUGUCCACCGUGUGUAG